UAAAUAGAUGAAGUGAUACGAAAUCACUCGGUUGCAGUCAGGCAACGUAAAUACAAUGCAUCGAUAGGGGUGAGAUAAUGGGCGUUGGAUCUGCCCACGGUUGUGCCGUAUUUCCCGAUCUGUGCCGCUCACCGGGCGUUUAUAAAGUCGCAUGUAUUUUGCGUCCGCUGCCAAGAUAGAACAGCGUUCUUCCCCAACAAAGACUCUUCUUCUUCUUUAACCGGAGUCCGUCCUCUGUUUCGGUUUUUAAACCCCCUCUUGCUUCGACGUUCGUUGUAAACCGUGAGCAAAUCUUGUCGCCUUAAACCACCAUGCCAGACCGAUUCACCUCUGCGCUGCAGCAAAAUAAGGAAUGGGCUGCAAAAACCGCCCAGGAACACCCAGAGCUGUUCCCCACGCUUGCCAAUGGUCAGCACCCCGAAAUUCUCUGGAUCGGCUGCUCUGAUUCUCGAUGCCCUGAGACUGUCGUUCUCGGGUUAAAGCCCGGUGACGUCUUCGUUCAUCGUAAUAUCGCCAACAUCUUGCACGCUGGCGACCUUAGCUCGGGCGCAGUCAUCGAAUAUGCCGUCCGUCAUCUGCGAGUCAACCACAUCGUUCUCUCCGGCCACACCAAGUGCGGUGGUAUUGCCGCUGCGCUGGGCAACAAACAACUCGGUAUCUUGGACCCCUGGCUGCUGCCUCUGCGCCAAAUCCGGGAGCAGAACCUUGCGCUGCUGCAAACGCUGACACCCGAGGAUGCGACCGUGAAGAUGGCGGAAUUGAACGUCCGCGAAGGUGUCAAGCUUUUGAAGUCGAAGAGCGUCGUGCUCGAGGCGAUGCAAGAGCGAGGACUUCAGGUACACGGUCUCAUCUAUGACGUUGCCUGUGGUGUCCUCCGGGAUAUUGACACCAAGGACUCGGAGGAAGAGAUCAAGAGGCGGCUGGUAGCUUUCAAGACCGAGGCUUAGAGGGAAGGUCUCGGAUCGGCAUCUCUCCCAUCAUUGCUUUGGAUAGUUUUUGGGUUGUUCGUUUCAGCGAUUGUCCGGUGUAUUUGUGUUUUCUUUUCGGAGGGUAUUCCUGUGACUG